AUGGGGACGGAGGUAACAGAGACGCCGUUAACGGUGGACGAACUGUUAGAAAAAGAAGAUAUUUCUCCAAUAGAGGAAGUCCGAUUAACGGUAUCAACAACCGACGACGUGUCGCAACCGGUAUGGACUUUCCGGAUGUGGACGCUAGGUUUGAUAUCAUGUUGUGCUAUGUCGUUUGUGAACCAGUUCUUCAGUUACCGCAGAGAGCCACUGGUGAUCACUCAAAUCAGCGUCCAGGUGGCAUCGCUCCCAAUCGGAAGGUUCAUGGCGGCCACUCUUCCCACCAGAAAGUUUCGGAUCCCCGGGUUUGGGUCAAAGGAGUUCUCGUUCAACCCGGGUCCGUUUAACAUGAAAGAACACGUGCUUAUUUCAAUAUUUGCCAACGCCGGAAGCGCUUUCGGCAGUGGGUCGGCGUAUGCGGUGGCGAUUGUUACCAUUAUCAAGGUUUUCUAUUGGAGGAGCAUUGCUUUCUUUACCUCGUGGCUUCUCGUUAUCACUACCCAGGUAUUAGGUUACGGGUGGGCGGGUUUGAUGAGGAAGUACGUGGUUGAGCCGGCGCAUAUGUGGUGGCCGAAUACCCUCGUGCAGAUUUCCCUUUUCCGAACAUUACACGAGGAAGAAGAAGAAGGCGAGAGGCGAAUAUCACGUAUAAAAUUCUUCCUAAUAGUUCUUGCAGCCAGUUUCACAUGGUACAUAUUCCCAGGCUACAUCUUCCAAACCCUUCAAAGCAUAUCAUGGGUCUGCUGGGCGUUUCCCCAUUCAGUAACGGCUCAUCAACUCGGCUCGGGCUUCUCAGGUCUCGGGUUCGGCUCAUUUUCUCUUGACUGGUCCACCGUGGCUUCGUUCUUGGGCAGCCCUCUGAUCACCCCGUUCUUCGCCAUCGUCAACAUCUUCGUUGGCUACGUGGCCCUCAUCUACGUGGUCAUCCCUAUUGCCUAUUGGGGAUUAAACGUGUUCAAUGCCAAAACGUUCCCCAUCUUUUCAUCGUAUUUGUUCACUUCGAGCGGGCAGGUGUAUGAUAUAACUUCCAUUGUUAAUGAUAACUUUGAGCUCAACCAGGAGGCGUACGCGCAAGUUGGAAGGGUCAAUUUAAGCUCAUUCUUUGCUAUUACUUAUGGCUUUGGUUUUGCUGCUAUUGCCGCUACUCUCACUCACGUUGCUUUGUUUCAUGGCAGGGAGAUAGUUAAAAAGUUCAGAGCUUCAUCAGAAGGGAGGGAAGACAUCCACACAAGGCUUAUGAGGAACUAUAAAGACAUUCCAACCUGGUGGUUUCAUAUAGUUUUAUUAGGGGCAAUAGCCGCCUCCCUUGCGCUUUGCAUUUUCUUGAAGAAGGAGGUUCAGUUGCCCUGGUGGGGUCUCCUUUUUGCAGCUGCCCUUGCUUUCAUUUUCACCCUCCCGAUUAGCAUCAUCACAGCCACCACUAAUCAGACUCCAGGGCUGAAUAUUAUAACAGAGUAUUUGAUGGGAGUGAUAUUGCCUGGAAGGCCAAUAGCCAAUGUUUGCUUCAAGACUUAUGGAUAUAUAAGCAUGGCCCAAGCAGUUAGCUUUCUGAAUGAUUUCAAAUUAGGACAUUACAUGAAGAUCCCUCCUAGGUCCAUGUUCCUUGUUCAGCUGAUUGGUACAGUAAUAGCUGGGACAAUAAAUGUGAGCGUUGCAUGGUGGCUUUUAUCAAGCGUAGACCAAAUAUGCCACCAAAGCCCUUCCUCAAACAGCCCAUGGACAUGUCCAGGCGACCGAGUUUUCUUCGACGCGUCAGUCAUAUGGGGUUUAGUCGGUCCAAAACGAAUAUUCGGCUCUCAAGGAAACUACCCAGCUCUCAAUUGGUUUUUCCUCGCUGGUCUCCUCGGCCCUUCCCUCGUCUAUCUCCUCCACCGAAUUUUCCCCAACCAAUCCUGGAUUCCACUCAUCAACCUCCCCGUUCUCUUCGGCGCCACCGCAAGCAUGCCCCCAGCCACGCCGAUUAAUUACAACUCAUGGAUUUUAGUCGGCACGGUCUUUAAUUACUUCCUCUUCCGGUACCGGAAGAAGUGGUGGCAACGUUAUAACUAUAUUUUGUCGGCGGCGUUGGACGCCGGCGUGGCGUUCAUGGCGUUGCUUAUUCAUUUUGCAUUUGGUGUUCGGGAUGUGCAUAUGAAUUGGUGGGGUUCUAAUCCCAUUGACACGGAUCAUUGUUUGCUUGCUAGUUGUCCCACUGCUAAAGGCGUUGUGGCUGAUGGUUGUCCCGUGUUUUAACUUUAAGUGCUUUUGUUGAAUUGAAUUCUCCGGUGUGUGACGUAUUUGAUUUGAUUUGAUUUUGUUGGUAAAUUGAUUGUUUGUAGUGAUUUCGACAUGUCGUUUGGGUGUGAAAAAUGUAAGCUAAGUUAAAACUUUUCUUUUCCCCUCUUCGUUUAAGUGUCGUUUGAAAGUUGAAACGCAAAGUUUCAUUUGUAUUAAAA